GAUGAUUCUGAAGAGGAACCCACUGGGAAGCCGGUUCCAUUGAAGUCGGCUGUUCGCUUGCUUCAGGAUCGAAGCCACGAAUUGCACGGUGGUACAGCAAGUGCAGAGAGCAAUAAAGAAGCUUUGGCACUUCUGGAUCUUAUAGGCAUGCCAGAUUUGAGCAAAACUUACCAGUUCAAUUUUGCAGUUGACUUAGAUGUUUUCCUUACCCAUUUGCAUCGUGACGCUGUGAGACGAAGGGCAAAGAUUGUAUUUGUCACUGGCUCGGACGUUGUGCAAAAUAGUGACGAUGCCGAAUUUGUCAAGAAGGCAUUUGAUAUCGAAGAAGUAAAGGCAAACUUGCCCUUUCGGUUUGGAUCGCAUCAUAGCAAGAUGAUGGUGAAUUUCUUUCAAGAUAACACUGUUGAGUUUGUUAUUAUGACGUGCAAUUUCAACAAGAUCGAUUUUGCUGGGUUGACCCAAAUGUGCUGGAGAAGCGGCCGACUUAGCAGGAAGAAGGACACCAGCAGUUCCACAAUCUUGGGUGACCAGUUCUUGCAAGACAUGACCGAAUACCUAAGGUCUUAUAACAAAGUUACUAUUUCCAAACUUAUAGACGAUAUCAAGCUUUACGACUACCUGAGUAUCGACAUUGAGAUUCUUCUGUCGUCACCGGGAAUAUACAACUUGAGUCAAGGUCCGCAGCAGGGAUACGGCAAGUUCUUACAGCUUCUCAAAAGAAAUGAUCUACUACUCGGAGACUCUGAUGCAAACCACAAUGUCCUAGCCCAGGUGUCUUCGAUUGCAAGCUCUUUCAAAGUUCAAAAGGGCCAGCAUGCGUCGGUGCUCACCCAUUUGAUCUGCCCCUUGAUGUUCUCCAAAACCAACCGCUUCUCCAGCCUUGGUCCUAGUGAUAACUCUGCCCGUAACCACCAAACCCAAUACAAUUAUACUCCCAAUAUAGUCUAUCCAACCCUAGAUGAGGUGGCCGACAGUAACUUGGGUUACAUGUCUGGGGUUGCCAUACAUUUCAACAACAACAACGCACGACUGAAUGCCAACUACCUUCAAAACAUCAAACCCUAUCUUUGCAAAUGGAACUCUUCUUCCCCAAAUUCAAAAACCGGGAGAGAAAAUGUCAUGCCCCAUACCAAGAUCUAUGCCUGCGAUAACGCCGACAACUGGAGCAGCUUGCGUUGGGCACUAGUCGGAAGCCACAACUUAUCCAAGCAAGCCUGGGGUGAACCUCUUGCCAAUAACGAAUAUAGAAUUUGCAGCUAUGAACUCAGCAUCUUCGUACACCAAAAGGAAAACCGUAAAUUGAUCCCAGUCUACGCCUCUGACUCCCUACAAAACGAUACCCACAACAUCCCCAUCCGUCUUCCUUUCACUCUACCCCCACGCAGGUACCUGGCCCAAGAUAGGCCGUGGUCUGCUUCCACUGCUUCAUCAAGAAGAGAUCGGUUUGGC